UCACAUUUUUCCAACUUUUUCGUCAUGUAAGACGAUAGUUGUACGAAAAAGCAUUUGGGUACAAUAAUUAAUUAUCUGUUCGGUUUCUGAGAAAAUUAUGAAACGGAAAGGAAAUUGGACUUCCCAGUUUUUGUUACACAAUAUAUUUGGUUUCUCACACCUACACGAACGUCUCUCUCUCAUCGGCCAUAAUUUACUCGGACCCUUUGAAACCGACGGCACACCAAUCUCGGAGAUUUGGUUCCCAUUUAAGCUCUCAUUUGCAGCCGAUUAAUCUUAGAUUCUUUCCCUCCGCGUCUGAGACAUUGAGUUACAAAGCGCAAAAAGCUUUCGUCUUUGAAGCCAGGAGGUCCAAGAAUUUGGUUUCUGAUUCAUUUUUGGCUUCUGGGGUUUCCACACUCUGCUGCAGCAGUCAAACUCUCGGGGUCUAGUGUUAAAGAAAUAAAGGUUAUGGGAAAAAAUAAAAUUUAUGAAGAAAGGUGUCGCCAAAAGCUGUAGGGAGCCGAUUCAUGGAGUUUGGAGAGCAUGAGAUAGGCAUCGAGGUUCGAGAAGUCUAUGCAAAUGGCGUUUGGAUGAAAACAACAGAAGUUGAGGCGAAGCUUGAUGAGGGAAACAUUCAAGAAGCCGAAUCUUCAUUACGAGAAGGCUUAUCGCUCAAUUUUGAGGAAGCAAGAUCCCUUCUUGGUAAGUUGGAGUAUCAAAGAGGUAAUAUAGAAGGUGCUCUUCGUGUCUUUGAGGGCAUCGAUCUCCAAGCUGCUAUACAGCGAUUGCAACCUCCCAUUGCUGAAAAAGUGCCUUCCAGGAGGGGUCGCUCUUACUCUGAGCCACUGCAUGCGGUCUCACAGCAUGCUGCUAGCCUGGUGCUUGAAGCCAUAUACUUAAAAGCCAAGUCUCUCCAAAAGCUGGGGAGAUUAAGUGAAGCUGCUCGAGAAUGUAAAAGUGUGCUUGAUGCUGUGGAGAGGCUAUUCUAUCAGGGCAUACCUGAUGUUCAAGUCGACAAUAAAUUGCAAGAGACAGUCAGCCAAGCUGUAGAGCUCCUUCCAGAGCUUUGGAAGCAGGCUGGUCACUAUCAUGAUGCGAUUUCGGCUUAUAGAUGUGCGCUUCUUAGUCAAUGGAACCUUGAUAAUGAUUGCUGCACAAGAAUUCAGAAACGUUUUGCGGUGCUUUUGCUGUAUGGUGGAGUGGAGGCUGGGCCACCCAGUUUAGCUGUCCAGAUUGAUGGUUCAUAUAUACCUAAAAAUAAUCUAGAAGAGGCAAUUUUACUUUUGAUGAUUCUUAUGAGGAAAUUUAUCCUUGGUAAGACACAGUGGGAUCCAUCUGUAAUGGAGCACCUAACAUUUGCACUAUCUUUAUGCCGCCAAACGCCUGUUUUAGCUAAGCAACUUGAAGAGAUCAUGCCUGGGGUAUAUCAUCGAGUUGACCGUUGGAAUUCUUUAGCUCUUUGCUACAGUGGAGCUGGACAAGAUGAUGCUGCGUUGAAUCUAUUGAGGAAAUCUUUACAUAAACAUGAACGACCAAAUGACCUCAUCGCACUGUUAUUGGCCGCCAAGAUAUGCAGUGAGGAUUCCCAUCUUGCUGCUGAGGGAGUGGUAUAUGCACAGAGGACAAUUAAUAAUGCUCAGGGGAUUGAUGAGCACAUAAAGAGUGUGGGUCUUCGUGUGUUGGGCCGUUGUUUGGGAAUGCAAGCUAAAGUUUCUUCCUCUGACUUUGAGAGGUCUCAUCUUCAGUCCGAGGCAUUGAAGUCAUUAGGUGGGGCUAUUGCUUUGGACCGCAAUAAUACGGACUUGAUUUUUGAGUUGGGUAUUCAGUAUGCAGAGCACCGAAAUUUGAAUACUGCUUUACGCUAUGCAAAGAAGUUCAUUGAUGUAACAGGUGGAUCCAUAUUAAAAGGUUGGAGAUUGCUUGCUCUGGUUUUGUCUGCUCAACAGCGAUUCUCAGAGGCUGAGGUGGUCACUGAUGCUGCUAUAGAUGAGACUUCCAAAUGGGAGCAAGGACCACUUCUCAGGCUGAAAGCAAAGCUAAAGCUCUCCCAGUCACUACACAUGGAUGCUAUUGAAACUUAUCGUCACCUCCUUGCAUUGGUUCAAGCCCAGAGGAAAUCUUUUGGGCCUCUUAGAAUGUUUCCUCAGGCUGAGGACGAUAAAGUCAACGAAUUUGAAAUUUGGCAUGGACUGGCAAAUUUGUACUCUAGUCUUUCACAUUGGAAGGAUGCAGAGAUAUGUUUAGGGAAAGCCAGAGAGCUAAAACAGUACUCUUCUGAAGCACUGCACACAGAAGGUUCACUGCGUGAAGGUCGUGGACAGAUCCGAGAAGCUCUUGCUGCUUAUAUUGAUGCCCUUCUACUGGAACCUUAUUAUGUUCCUUGCAAGAUCUUGAUUGGUAGUGUGUUGUCAAAGAGAGGCUUGAAGGUAUUGCCUGUGGCAAGAAGCUUACUGUCAGAUGCAUUAAGGAUAGAUCCUACCAACCGAAUGGCAUGGUAUUACUUGGGGAUUGUUCACAGGAAUGAUGGACGAAUAGCUGAUGCUGCAGACUGCUUUCAGGCUGCUUCCAUGCUUGAAGAAUCCGAUCCCAUUGAAAGCUUCAGCUCUAUUCAUUGACAGCCUCCAAUCUAUCAUAGGGUUAUUUUAUUUAUUUUUUGUUUUUUAUUAGGUGAAAUUUUUAAUAUUUAUUUGUUCCCUUUUUUUUUCCCCUUCAAUUUUCUGCAACAAAAUUUACACCCAUGCUUGGGAAUUGUUUUCUUGUUAAAUAUUUGCUGUUUUGGAUGCCCCAACCCACCCCCGCCCCCCAAACUGUUUUUUUUUGGCUGUCUGACUCCUCCAUGGUAAAGGCACAAGGUAAAGCUUAGGUUGAUGAAGAGGACUUAUAAACAUGUCUUGGUUAAUUUGCAAUUGUUGCCCAGCUGUGUAAAUCUGUGUUGUCUAACUUAGCAGCUGUUGAAAGAAAUUUAUAAACUCAUUUUCUUUGUGAUGUAUC